AUUCAUCUUUCGUCUGUCUAAACUCUAAACCUCCAAAAUAUCUUCUUAAUUUGGUCGGUAAUUCAUAUUAAAAUCGAUCAAAAAUGGAGGAAGAUGUCCUCGAUUUUGUGUUAGUGCCACUAGGAUUGUUCCUCAUGGCUGCAUAUCACGUCUGGCUCCUUUAUCAGAUUCGUCGCCACCCUGCUACCACCGUCAUCGGCAUGAACGCUAUCAAUCGUCGAUUCUGGGUGAGCGCUAUGAUGGAGGACACGCAAAAGACUGGAGUUCUAGCCGUACAAACAUUGAGAAACAACAUCAUGGCAUCCACUCUGUUGGCUUCUACAGCCAUCAUGCUCAGUUCUCUAAUCGCCGUCCUUAUGACCGGAGGAGUUACCGGACAUGGCUCCGCCGCCGCCGGAAGCAUCACCGACCACCACUUCAUUGGUAUAACCUUCAAUCAGGGCACCAAGUUCAUGUCAACGAUCAAGUUCUUCAGCAUACUCGUCUGCUUCUUGGUAUCCUUCUUGAUGAACGUUCAAUCGAUCAGGUACUUCAGCCACGCCAGUAUGCUAAUCAAUGUUCCUUACAGAAAGAUCACGAAUUUCACCAGCCACCGUCUGACGGCGGAGUACGUCGGAUCCACGGUGAAUUUGGGUAGUUACUUUUGGUCUUUUGGUCUUCGUGCUUUCUACUUCUCGUUCCCAUUGUUCUUGUGGCUAUUUGGUGCUAUAGCCAUGUUCGUUUGUUGUAUUUUCAUGGUAUUCAUGUUGUAUUUUCUGGAUAUAACCUUCGAGCUUGGGUGGAAAGCUGAUGCGAUCUCGACAGAUGAAGAAACUGGUUAAGAAAUAAGAAUAAUUAAUGCAAUGUUCUUGGAUUCAAUCGAAGUUGAAUCUCACAUUGUGGAAGCUUAUGUCUUUCUUCUGAAAACAUACAUACGAUGAAUGAAUAAA